AUGGUAUUUCAUUUGCCUUCACCAUGCGUUGCUCAAAAAUACCGUGUGGAGAUUUUGUAUGAAGGUCCUAAAGAUGAUAAGUUUGCUGAGGCAAUUAGAAACUGCAACCCCAAUGUCCCUCUCAUGCUCUAUGUAUCGAAAAUGAUUCCUGCAUCCGACGACGACAUGGGUCGAUUCUGGGUUCUAGGCCGGGUUUUUGCGGGACGGGUUUCAACCGGUAUGAAGGUCGGGGUCUUGGGAUCUAAUUAUGCUGAAGAGAAGGAUUUCUCUGUCACUAUUGUGGAAAAAACUGCUAUUUGCAUUGGAAAAAAACAAGGAAUCGUAAAAAAUGUUCCUUGCGGAAACACAUGA